AGGCUGGUGGCACUGGUUGUGGCUGGUACAAGGAGGAGGAGGAGGAAGAGGAGGAAGGAGAAGCAUCAGCAUCAGUGUGCCUGCAAGGGGUUAACUCUGCUCCAGCCUGGGAGCCUCUGGGGAAGGAAGGGAAGAAGAGCAGAAGGAGAAAGAGAAGGGAAAGGAAGGCAAGGCACCUCCCCUUCUUCGCUUGGCACACACUGCGCUGCAUCCUGCAGACCUGGGCAGAAAGAGGAGGAGAAGGAGGAGAAGAAGAUGAGUGCCCCAGGCAAAGCGCGAAGAGAGAGGGGCAGCCUGGCUGAGUACGAGACCCAGGUGAAAGAAAUGCGCUGGCAGAUGGGGGAGCAGGUCCGAGGUCUUGACUCACAGGCUGAGAGUCGGCAGCAGUUACUCCAAGAUGUGGCUGAUUUCUUGCGCCGGAAGGCGGAGGUGGAGCAGGAAUAUUCCCGAGGAUUGGAGAAGCUGUCUGAACGCUUCUCGGCUAAGAUUCGUGGCUCCAAGGAGCAUCAGAACUUCAGGAAGGACCAGAAUCUUCCAUCCCCCUUGAACUGCUGGUACACAAUCCUCAACCAGACACGGCAGGCAAGCCGGGAUCAUGGCGCACUGAGUGAAAUCUACACAGGCCACUUGGCGCUGCGCUUGGUACACAUCAGUGAUGAUGUAGGGCGGCUGGCCCGGAAAAGCAAAGAGAUGGAGCAGCAAAUGCAGGAUGAGCUGCUGAAGGCAAUUUCAGAAUUGCAGACAGCCAUGAAAUCAUAUCAGACGUACCGCAUCGACUGCUUGAAUGCAGAGACAAAGCUGCGGGAGGCUGAGCGUCAAGAGGAGAAGCGAAGUGGCGGAAGGCACCCUGAUCCUGGGGGGUCCCCUGGUGGAAUAGGGCUUGACAAGACACCCCGUCGCACCUCGCUCCGAAAGGUUGAACGACUGCUGGAAAAGAGGCAGUCUAAGUUUCUGGAGAGCAAGCUCAAAUGUGCCAAGGCCAGGAAUGACUACCUGUUGAGCCUUCACUCUGCCAAUGCUGCUAUCAGCAACUACUAUGUCCGCGAUGUUGCUGACCUGCUAGAUUGUUUUGACCUUGGAUUCCACCUUUCCCUGGGCAAGGUGUUGAGGACUUACCUAGCUGCAGAAUCCCGGGCCCAGGCAUCAUGGCAACAGGGCCUGUGCACCAUUGAAGGAGCUGUUGAUUCCCUGGACCCACUAGGGGACAAAUCCAGACUGAUGGAAGCCAAUCCUGCUGCUUAUUGCCCUCCUCUGUGCUUUGAUUAUCAGCCGCAUGAAGGUGAUGAGGUCUCCGAGGUCCGGGCUGAGGGUCCCCUGAGAAAUGAACUAGUCUCUCGCUUCCAGCAUAUUCAGUCUCGCCUCAACGCUAUCACAUUGGAGACAGACGAGGUAAACAAGACACUGAAGGCAACUCUGCAAAGCCUGCUGGACCUGUUGUCAGCAGAGGAGCCAGAAGCACUUGAUGCUUUCCAGGGUUGCCAGUCCACAGAGUCACUCAAGUCAACAGGUUCUGAUGCGGGUGGGAAGCAAGCACUGGCAAAGCGUCGGGCCAACCAACAGGAAACAGAAAGCUUCUACAUCAUGAAAUUCAAAGAAUAUCUCUCUGGACGAAGCAUUCAAACAAAGCUGCAAGCAAAGCAUGACCAGAUGAAGGAGGCAAUAGAAAAGGGUGCUGCAGUGGAUCGAGAGCUAGCCAGGCCACAGUCCCAGCGCAUCCGGCGUUCCCGCCCUCCCUCGUGCUACCAUCACAAGCUCUUCGGGGGUGACCUGCAGGCCUUUUUGGAGAGUUCCGGCCAGGCUGUCCCUCUCGUGGUGGAGAGUUGUAUCCGCUUCAUCAACCUUCAUGGACUUCAGCAUGAAGGUAUUUUUCGGGUGCCGGGGUCCCAAGCACAGGUAGCGGAGAUCCGGAAUGCCUUUGAGAAAGGUGAAGACCCCCUAGCAGAUGGCUUUAUACAACAUGACCUAGAUUCAGUAGCUGGAGUACUGAAAUUGUAUUUUCGGGGACUGGAGAAACCUCUCUUUCCUUGUGAUAUUGUUCCUGACCUGCUGACAACAGCCCAACUGGAGUCUUCAGCUGAGCGCAUCUCCCACCUCCGAGCCCUCAUAUCCCAGCUUCCAUCUGCAGUUCUGGUGGUUCUCCGAUACCUCUUUGCCUUCCUCAACCAUCUUUCUCAGUACAGUGAUGAGAACAUGAUGGACCCCCAUAACCUAGCUGUGUGCUUUGGCCCUACCCUGAUGACAGUACCUGCAGGCCAGGAUGCCGUGUCGGUGCAGCCCCACAUCAAUGAGGUUGUGAAGUGCCUGAUUGUGCACCAUGAAGCGAUCUUCCCUGGAGCCAGUCAACUGCCGGCCCCCCAGUAUGAGAAGGUCAUGGCAUUGGCUGAAGAGGAGUACUGUGAUGUCUUGCCACUGGAAACCACAGCAGAGGAACCUGAGACAGAGGGGACCCCCGAAACUCCAGCUAGUGAAGAUGAGUGUGAUUCCCAGUCUGAGGCUCUGCCCCGCUCUGGCUCCAUGGUUCAACAUGAGGAGCGGUUUGUGCCACAGCAGCGAGCAGCUCCCGUUGGCUGGCGGCGAGGUGAGCGUGGCGGCAACCGGGGACUAGUGCCUCCCAUUGUCUUGCCUGACAGCGAGAAACAGUCUAGCCCCCGGAGUUCCAGGUUAGAGAUUGACACGGGAUCCUCUGUGGAUGAGCUGCUCCCUGAACCCGCCAGCAGGCUGCGGAUGAAUUCGGAUGCAGGUGGCGGGGGUCGCCAGCGUGGCAGUAGUGGUGGUGGGAACAGUCCCAUCCGCAAGCUGGCGUCACCCUUCAUGGAUGGGGGCCGCCUUCCUUUCCCCCUCCUGCAACCCACUCACACCAGGACCUUUCACCCCACUGAAAGGCCAGACCGGUGGGGUGAAAUUUCCCCGCGGUCAUGGGGAAGCAACAACUCUGAGAAGCAGGUGGCAACAGAAAAAAGGGUGGAAGUAGACCGGGAGGUUGCCAGGAAUAUGGAUUCUGUGUUCAAGGAACUUCUUGGAAAAACUAGCUUGAAGCACACAGGAGCUGAUGAACCCUUAAAUCACCCUGAGCCACCCGAGCCUUCAAAGAGCAACCCCAUUGGCAAAAAGGGCAGUGCCACCCCUGGCAAGCAUGCCUCUUCAAACAGGGUGCUCCUGAGGGGCAGAGGGGUCUUCAAAUCCUCGGGGAAUGGAGAAUGAGCCAGACUUGGGGUGAGGGAAGGUGCCCCCAACAUGACCUGCCCAAUACUGUGAUUAUCUUUUCUUCUCCUCUCCUCCUUUGUCAUAUACUGAAGACCAACUCAGGGCAGAAGUCUCUCUCCCUGCCCAGCUGCAAAAGGAUUUGUGAAGAUGGUGGGGAAGUUGGUGAUCUAAUUUUUUGGGAGUUUUAAUUUCCAUGCCAGAUGUCUAAGGGUGGGUUGGGGAGGCAUUUGUGAUCCAGUGUCCUCACACGCUGGAGAUGAAUCUGAAGGUUUUAAAUGUUGUGGAGGCUGGGUGGGCGCUCAGACAUAUGGCAGAGUUAAGGAUUGGGGUGUUUUUUUCCCCUGGUCUAGUGCCCACCCCCUUUAAUCCCAUCUAUGCUACAAAAUGGUUUGCACCUGGAUUUGCAUGUGAAAGGGGUGAGGUGGGAGUGGGUCUACCAGGAUUUUUUCUGUUCCAAUUUUGGCUGUGGGGGACGGGAAUAAUGUUUUGUGGGUUAUGAUGCCAGGUGUUGACAUGGAGGACUUGCUCUCCCUUGUACGUGUGUCCUUUUCCUGACAUGCUUCACACAAGCCCUCGCCAGCUGUGCUCUCCUCCCCACUUUCCUUCCCUCCCCUUCUCCAGCUUCAAAUAUUGCAGUGUCCCCCUUGGUGCUUUACACAUUUGUCUCUUCUCACGCAUCCUCCCUGGUGUACCCUCAUCCAUUCUUGCACGCAUCACCCUCCUACAUUGGGGCAAUAAGUUAAGGGGGCAUAGUUAGAGUGGGAAUCCAUGUGCCAAUUCUUUCCCCCACAUCCAAGGUCCAGUGCAUUUUCCCUCCUCCAUUCUUUUUAAAAUGAUAUUAACCGCUCAGUAUUGAUCAAAGCUGUGUGUACCCUAGGCUUAACAAUUCAGCACAGAAAAAGGCUGUAUAAAUGAUGCAGAUUCGGCAAAUGUGUGUGGAUUUUCUUAAUUUUCAUAAAUUAUUCUGCUUGUGCUAGUCAGUGUGAAUGGGAAAGGAUCUGAAACAGGCACUGAAAUACCACCCUGUGGCCACUGAAAACCUGCAUAAGUCAUCCCUGUGGUUUCCAAAAUUUUCAUCAAGCACUGAGCAAAACCUCUUAAGCAUAUCUUUGCAGCCAUAAGGGCUAGAAACUUACUUUUUUUUUCUUUUUUAAAGCUGAGAUUCUCAGGAAGCAGAAUACUGUGCCUGGUGCCACAUCCUGUAUUUUUGUUUUUCUGUGCUCCUUCAAAAUUGCAGCAUACACACAGUCCUGGUAUUAAUUUCUCUAUGACCAGAAAAUGAUUCUGUACUGUGAUCCCCCCCCCCGGGUGUCUCUUUAACCCUCUGUCUCUUGCAAUAAACUGGAUUUGUAAACUCUCCACAGAGAGUGCCCGCCAGUCGGGAUUUUAUACGGAAUAAACAAGACACUGAAGGA